AAGGGCAAGCGCUUGCCGGGAGGGGGGAAUCCCGACCGCGCGUCUCGUGCGAACCCGUCGAGGAAACUAAGCCGCCUCGACGUUUGCCCGAUGAUCCCGCACGCGCUCGUGGUCGGUGGCGUAUUGCCCGGUAGCGUGGCAACCUCUCUGCGUCCGUCCGGAUGCAGCUAUACGCGGGACGUAAUAACGGAACCAACAAGAGUUGAUGCGAGCUCGCGGAAUCAAGAAAAAAAAAAAAAAAAGAGAGGCAUAGCCAAAUGAAGUUUGAUCCGCGCUCCCUUGAGCUACGAGGCGGAUCGAGUAUAAAUGUCUGAGCGACGCCCGCCAGCCGUCAUUCACUCCUGCUCUACGCUCACCACGUGUGCCUUGGAGAGUCCUCUGUUGCGCAGUAUCCUGCAAGCAUGUGCCGUGUGUCACUUUGUGUUUUCGUACUGCUGAUAGCUGUCACCAUGGUUGCCGGGCAGAGACGACGUCCAAACUUUGACUUCAAGCCGGAACCUCCCCGACAUCGGCUGAACGUGUUCGGAUCGGCGUCCGGCAACAACGGUCGCAACUACGACGCCAACGUGGGUGUCCGCGGCGAGUACGACUUGCACCGCUCCAAGAACGGCGGCCGGGUGACCGGCUACGCCGAGGGCUCGCAGAGCUUCGGCCGCUUCGACGGACACUCGUACCGGGGAAAGCCGCAGGGAGAGGUCGGAGUGCGCGCCCACAUACCUUUCUGAGAGCGACGCCUGUGCAACCGGGUGCGAGGACCAGGGAAAUUCUGUGCUCGACGGAGAUCGACCGACGGAGCCGCGCAACCGUUCGCGCGCGAGGGCGCGCGUAUACGGGAACGACGGCGAGAGCUUUGUUCGGAAGGACGGGUUUUUAUUACUUUUUUUUUUGAGUUGCUGUUCUUCUCUAUUGUUAAAUAAAGCAAAAAUACACCUUG